AUGCAGAACGAGUGGUUAGACAUAGGAGAUUUUUGCAUCCCAUUAGCAUUAAAAUGGCGCACUUUAAUUUAUGAUUGGUCGCCAGCAUUGCUAAAAUUCUAUCUCAAUGCGUUCCAGAUGACUCUCCCAGAUCAGAGUAAUUUAGUAAGAUGGGGUAAAAGUACCGAAAAAACUUGCUAUAUCUGUGGAAAGGCAGUUGGAACUGCUAAGCAUCUGCUGGUGGGAUGUAAGGUACUCCUUGACAGCGGUCAAUACUCGCGUCGUCACGAUAGGGUUCUAGAAGUCAUACGUGAAGCGGUUAGUCUUUCGGUAGCCAGAGCGCAAAAGGGAAUAACCACAAACGAACGAUCAGUAGGUUUUGUGAGAGAAGGCACUAGGGCUACAAAAUCAAACGUCAAGCCUUACUCCAUCCUUAAAGCGGCGUCGGAUUGGACUAUAAUGAUGGACACGUAUGAAAAACAAUAUAAAAUCCCCGAGGAUAUUUGUGCGUCGGCCUCCAGACCGGAUAUAUUUUUGUUUUCGCGAAUUUUAAAGCGCGUAGUGAUGAUAGAGCUUACGGUCCCUUGGGAAACCAACAUCCCCAAAGACCAUACCAUCAAGGUCAACAAAUAUUACGAGCUCACAAACGAACUCACUCGAAAUAGGUUCGUAGUAGAUUUGUACGCGGUAGAGGUGGGAGCGAGAGGUAUAACAGCGAAAUCUCUCUAUAACCUACUAAAGGACUUGGGCUUGUCCAGAACUCACAUUAAUGCUUUCUUGGAACGUACAUCGAAGGCAGCCCUAGUAGGUUCUUUUCAAAUUUGGUUAGGUAGGGAGAGGAGCUUGGACAGUGGAGCUAAAAGUCCGAAGAAGAAAAAUACCCCUGGGACAGUCCGAGAGGGGGGGCGGAAGAACUGUCCACCGGUCGAUUUUAACGGCGAAAACGGCGCGAAUACGGACUUGAAAUGCUCUACGUGCGGGAAAAACUACAAGAGACGAGCCUGGUAUAUUAAACAUCUAAAAACACAUAAUGGGGUUGAAGCACGACAAUCGUCGGUAAGAUCUACAACAUUCACUUCGGAUAGAGUUGACCCUCAUGUAUCCCAUGGUGAACCAUUAACUGGAAACCACCAGGAGUCCAUUAACAUCAGGACACGUCUUAGCAUUCCUAAUCUAAAACAAUCGACUUGGAAAGUUCAUGACGACAACUUAGCGGUCCUGUUAGAGCAUCCGGGCUCGAAGCAGGAAUUGAACUCGCAGGUAGAAACUUUCCAAAAUACCGUUUAUGACUACUUUAGCGAGCAAUAUCCACCACGUAAUCAUUAUGCUCGCAAAAAUAAAGACAAUUCGUUCAAAUUAAAAAUGCGGAAGAAAAAACGGGAAUUAAUAAAAAAUCUACGUAUAGCCAAAGCUCUAGGCGACAAUCACCUUAGUCAUCAACUAGCUAGGGCGUUAAGGUCAAUCCUUAAAUUAAUCCAAGGAAUAUCGGCGCAAACUGCAGAAUAUCGCGAUAAUUUUGACCGGGCAAAACAAGAAGUAGAUUUCGAUAAAAACCCUUUUGAGUAUUCGAAAACCAUUUUUAAGAAAGAACGCGGACAGCUUCUCUUGACCAACGAUCAAAUUUACGACCAUUUUAAGAGCACAUACGAAGUGCCUAAAAGUUUAAGACGGUAUAGGGAUCCAAACGAUCAAAAACCUGAAUUUCCUCGAAUCGAAUUCCACGGCAUUCCACCAACGCUAGAGGAACUAAGUAGUCAGAUCAAGAGGAAGUCGUCUAAAUCUGCACCGGGACCCGAUGGUAUCCCAUAUAUAGUCUUUAAAAAAUGUCCAUCGGUUCGUAAACACCUCCUAAAUAUAUACGGUAAAAUCUGGUCAGGGAAGCAAAUCCCGGAGUGCUUCGGGAAAGCAAUUUUUGUCCUCAUUCCCAAAAAAGAUCGAGUUACUGAUCCGAAAGAUACUAGACCGAUAGCUUUAACAAAUACUAUAUCGAAAAUCUUUUUCUCGGUUCUACAAACGAGAAUGACGCGAUUCAUGCUCAGCAACAACUAUUUUAAGCCAAAUCACCAGAAAGGGUUUUUACCCGGGAUUUCUGGAUGCUUAGAACACAACACCUUGCUGUCGGAGAGUUUAAAAGAUGCUAGAAAAAGCGAGCGGCAAAUCACUGUUUGUUGGAUAGACUUGGAGAACGCGUUCGGGUCGAUACAACACGAAUUGAUGCUAUUCGCGCUUAGAUGGUACAACUUUCCACCCCUAGUUAGAGAUAUGAUCGCGUCGUAUUACUCAAAAUUAAGGUUUUCUAUAAUAACUAAAGAAGGCCCUUCAAAAAGUUUGAGUUAUAAUGUAGGACUGUUUCAAGGUUGUUGUCUAUCUCCAAUUGCGUUUAAUAUCGUAAUUAACAUCUUAGUAGACAAACUAAUCCAUAACGAGAAAAAAUGGGGUUAUCGGUUUAAGUUUAAUACUAAAUACACGGAAUCCAUUUUAGCCUUCGCUGACGAUCUCGCAAUACUGACACGUAACCCCAAACACUGUCAGGUACUAUUGAAUGAAGUGGAUAAAUUCUGUGAGUGGACGGAUGGAUUGAGGACAAAACCCAGUAAAUGUCAUUGUCUGUGUCUUGGUAGGCGGAAUACAAGAUACACCUCAUACGAUCCGGGACUAUCGUUAGGCGGUCAAUGCAUUUCGACGGUUACGGAAAAUGCACCAUUCAAAUUUCUCGGUCGUAAGAUAGAUAAUAUAGGCCGUACUCCAUCUUUAGAAGGAAUAGUAGAUAGCUUUUUGAACGAUCUUAACAAGGUAGAUAGCAAACUGAUAAGUAACGUCAAAAAAGCGUGGAUCUACGAGAAUUACUUAACUUCACGUUUGAAUUGGCCUUUCCUCGUCUAUGAUUUUAAUAAAACCCUUUUGUCAAAGUUAGAUGCAGGCGUCAUAAAGAUGUUGAAGUUGUGGCUCGGGCUCGCUCUAACGGCUGAUUCAUCGGCGUUAUUUAGGGGAAGCAAUAGUUUUGGGAUGAGUCUAAAAAGGCCAUCGGAGCUCUAUAAACACCUAAGAGUUUCCAAGAGAUAUAUCCUGGGGAAAUCCCAUGAUGACAUAGUGACAUCGCUCCCAAAAGAUGAAGAUGCCCCCGAGCUAGAGUCACGACUUCAAUUCCAUAAGCAAUUUAUGAUAGGAGCGCAAAGUAACAGAGCGGGGUUAGGAUCAAAUAGGAAAGUCCAAGAUGCGGAUAUAUUGAAGUCUUUUAUUCGGCAAGACGAGAAUGAUAAAUAUAAGAUCCAUGCAAUGAAUUUAGAAAUGCAGAACGAGUGGUUAGACAUAGGAGAUUUUUGCAUCCCAUUAGCAUUAAAAUGGCGCACUUUAAUUUAUGAUUGGUCGCCAGCAUUGCUAAAAUUCUAUCUCAAUGCGUUCCAGAUGACUCUCCCAGAUCAGAGUAAUUUAGUAAGAUGGGGUAAAAGUACCGAAAAAACUUGCUAUAUCUGUGGAAAGGCAGUUGGAACUGCUAAGCAUCUGCUGGUGGGAUGUAAGGUACUCCUUGACAGCGGUCAAUACUCGCGUCGUCACGAUAGGGUUCUAGAAGUCAUACGUGAAGCGGUUAGUCUUUCGGUAGCCAGAGCGCAAAAGGGAAUAACCACAAACGAACGAUCAGUAGGUUUUGUGAGAGAAGGCACUAGGGCUACAAAAUCAAACGUCAAGCCUUACUCCAUCCUUAAAGCGGCGUCGGAUUGGACUAUAAUGAUGGACACGUAUGAAAAACAAUAUAAAAUCCCCGAGGAUAUUUGUGCGUCGGCCUCCAGACCGGAUAUAUUUUUGUUUUCGCGAAUUUUAAAGCGCGUAGUGAUGAUAGAGCUUACGGUCCCUUGGGAAACCAACAUCCCCAAAGACCAUACCAUCAAGGUCAACAAAUAUUACGAGCUCACAAACGAACUCACUCGAAAUAGGUUCGUAGUAGAUUUGUACGCGGUAGAGGUGGGAGCGAGAGGUAUAACAGCGAAAUCUCUCUAUAACCUACUAAAGGACUUGGGCUUGUCCAGAACUCACAUUAAUGCUUUCUUGGAACGUACAUCGAAGGCAGCCCUAGUAGGUUCUUUUCAAAUUUGGUUAGGUAGGGAGAGGAGCUUGGACAGUGGAGGUGAGCGUAUAACGCGCGUUAGUUAA